CAUCAAUCCACCUUCUCCUCUGUUUUUUCCCUCUCUUAUCCAUCAGCCGUGAGAGUAAGAGGGAGAGAAAGGAGGGAGAGAGAGAGAGAGAGAGAGCAUGGGGCAAAGGGGAGAUUACUGUGAGAAGAGCCUUAUAGGGCAAAUGGAAAGUGGGGCAUUUCGUUUUAUCAAAUAGCCCGAGUUCGUCAGAUCCGCCUAUUCGGAAUGGAAAUACUGGUGAGGAAACUUCGACUUUGAGUAUUCAGCGCAGAAGAAAUACUGGAUUCCUUGAUGGAAGCGCCCGGCUUUGGAAGCCUGGGCCUGAUCGUCUGAGAACACUUCCUCAGUAAUACAUUGUUCAGUAGUUCCUGAGGUGCACCAUGGAAAUUAUCAUCCUCAUCUCACUUGUUGUGCUUCUUGUACUGGGAGCACUCUUUGUUAUCCCAAGAUCCAAAAACAAAGGUGAAGGAAAGGAUGCACGUUCAGCCGGAAAUGGAACGACAUCUACGAGCUAUUCAAAGAAAGAGGUGUCAACACACAACACAAGGAAGGAUUGUUGGAUCAUAAUCAAGGACAAGGUUUACGAUGUAACUCCAUACGUGGAGGAACAUCCAGGUGGUGAUGCCAUUCUAAACAAUGCUGGUGGCGAUUCGACAGAGGGAUUUUUCGGCCCGCAGCAUGGCACACGAGUCUUCGACAUCAUCGAGGAUUUCUGCAUCGGCAAAUUGGAAGACUGAUGAUGGGGAGGAGAGGCCGUAAAAGCUCCCAAGUGUGAACCCAUGCGCUCGUCUGCAAUUUUCUGAAGAUGACGACGACGAACGGAACCGUUUCCUAAUCGUGAUCAUGACUGCUCCAGGGCCCCCAGCUGUGUGGUUCUGGUUUCAUGUUUGACCUCCUGCUUAUUCAUACUAGUAGCAGUGUGUGACCCGACCAUGGACUAUUUCUGUGUCCUGAAUGUUUUCCGAGAUUUAUCUCUUCAUUUGAGAAGAUACGAUUUCUUAUACUUAUUUAUGGAACUUUCUCAGGGCAGACAAGGAACCGGGCCAACUUUUCGUA